AAAAAAAAAAAAAACGAGAUCCCGCAAGCUGCAGAAUAUCCUGGAAACUGGGAGCAAACAGUGAAACCAAUGGCUCAGGCUCUGCGGAGUCACAUGGUGACAGAGUGACACACCUGUGCGGAGCCGUGAGGGCCUCGCAGUUGCGCCAGAGGCAGGUAGAGCUGAAGGUCCACGCCGAGGCAGGGCGCAGGUGCGGUACAUGUGCGCGAAAACGGCCUCGCAGCUGUCCGGUCCAAGCCAAGCCAUGAAUCGGGAAGAUCAUUAUUACUCCUCUCAGGUUUUUAAAGACUCCUGCGCCUACCAGAGAUCACAGGGGGAUGACUACAGCCACAGCCCGCCGCCCUGCCUCUAUAUGAGCAGGCAGGUCCACUCCGUCUACACACCGCCGUCCAUGGGAGCUCUGGAGCAGGCCAGCCUUCCUGACAUUGCCCCUGCGUACAGCUUACCCAGCAUGCGGGAGGAUCCAGGUGUGCCUCAGCUCCAGCACCAGCAGGUGCUCCAGCAGCAGCAGCAGGAGCCCCUCCAGCCUCCAGGUUUUGGUGACACGGGGGAGCAGAGCAGAUAUCACCUCCCAUUCCCCUGGAUGAAAACCACCAAGUCCCAUUCACACACCUGGAAGGGCCAGUGGGCAGGGCCCUAUGUGAUGGCGGAGACGGAGGAAAACAAGCGCACCAGGACUGCGUACACGCGCGCCCAGCUGCUGGAGCUGGAGAAGGAGUUCCUCUUCAACCGCUACAUUUCGAGGCCUCGCCGGGUGGAGCUGGCUCUGACCCUCAGCCUCACCGAGAGACACAUCAAGAUCUGGUUCCAGAACCGGCGCAUGAAGUGGAAGAAGGAGGAGGACCGCAGGAGGGCCAGGGGCGCCGACCCGGACCAGGACUCCUCCAUCACCUCCGGAGACCAGGGGGAGGCCGCAGGAGGGGUGUCCUCCACCAACGGACCUCACGCAGCUACCACACCUCCUGUUUCCCCGCUGCACGGCCACACUCUGUCCGCGUCUGGGUCCAAAGAGCCCGCGUAGAUCCAAAUGCGCACUUAAAACUGGGACCUAAAGUGGCAUUUCAAGGAUCAUUUUACUUUAUUCUGAUGGCAACUUAACAGAAACAUACUUGAACCCCAUAUUUUAAGGCAGCCCUAUUGGGGAGUAUUUGUAUUUAUAAGAUUAGGAGGGUGAUGAGGGGGUCUCUUUGGAUUUCACUGUCAUUUCUGGACUGAAGUCGCAUUUCUGCUUGAUUUGAGGUAUUUCGGACACCAGAUGGCAUGCGGAGACAGCAAAAUCAAGCAGGGACCACCUCUUUCCCCCAUUAAAGAGGCAGCAACGUAAGGACUCGGUUGCACACCUGUUGUAUGGUCACAUUAAGUUAUACAGUGCAUUGUUUUUACCCUCAAACAGUGAAUAUUCUAGGCCACAACCAUGUUGAGAAAUGUGUAUUUUCCAUAUUUUUGUCCACUUGUAUAUAAACCAAAGCGAUAUCAUGUAAAAUGCUCAAAUAGAAUCAGUGAUGCACAUGUUUUAUUGUUAAUUAUACACUUUGAUGGAUGAAUAACACAUAAUGCAUUUGGAAUAAAGAAUAUAUCACAGCCUUUA